UUGGGGUUAGCUUUCAUACAUAUCCUUUUUUGUGUUUGCUGAACAAGUGGGAGGCAUGUUAGUUCUCACCUUUUCCUUUUUUUGCUACCUAAACCUUACUGGGUUUUUUUGUUGGGCCUGACAUAAGCUGACUGAGUGCAGUUUCAGUUUUGGUAUGAUGAGAAUGAGGAGAUAACACUAUUGGCGUGUGAUAUAUGUAUAUAUAUACAUAAUACAAGAGAACCCUUUUGAAUUUGGGUGUGUUUGAAUUGGUUUUUGUGAUUUUGGGAAACUCCCAAUGGAAACAAGAAGAGCGGAAUCUGUUUUGUGUUUGGUGGCUUUGUUCUGCUUCUGGACUUCAGCAAAUUCUUUGCUUUCCCCCAAAGGUGUCAACUUUGAAGUGGUGGCUUUGAUGGAUAUAAAAGAUGCAUUGGUGGAUCCUCAUGGGGUUCUAAAUUGGGAUAGAAAUGCUGUUGAUCCAUGUAGUUGGACCAUGAUCACUUGUUCAACUGAUAAGCUAGUCAUUGGCUUAGGAACUCCAAGCCAGAAUCUAUCUGGUACGCUUUCGCCCAGUAUCGGAAACUUGACAAAUCUCCAGAUUAUUUUGCUGCAGAAUAAUAACAUAUCAGGGCCAAUUCCCCCUGAGAUUGGGAGGCUUCCAAAGCUACAAACACUUGAUCUUUCUGACAACUUCUUCACUGGUGGAAUACCCUCUUCUCUAGCCCAUCUGAAAAGCCUCCAAUAUCUGAGGCUAAACAACAACAGUCUUUCUGGAGCAAUUCCUCCAUCUCUGGCUAACAUGACACAGCUUGCAUUUCUGGACUUGUCUUUCAAUAACUUGACUGGUCCUGUCCCAAGGUUUCUUGCAAAAACAUUCAACCUGCUGGGAAAUCCAAUGGUAUGUGCAACUGGGACAGAACAUGACUGCAAUGGAACCACAUCAGUGCCACUUUCCUACCCUUUCAACAGUACCCAAAACUCUCAACUGUCUGGAAGGCCAAAAGAUCACAAAUUUGCCUUAGCAUUUGGAUCAAGCCUUGGAUGCAUCUGCCUACUAAUUAUUGGAUUUGGAUUUCUUCUCUGGUGGAGGCGGCGUCACAACCAGCAAAUAUUCUUUGAUGUUAACGAGCAACAUCAUGAAGAAGUAUCACUUGGAAACUUGAGGAGGUUUCAAUUCAGAGAGCUUCAGAUGGCCACAAACAACUUCAGCAACAAGCACAUAAUAGGGAAAGGUGGUUUUGGGAAUGUCUACAAAGGGUAUCUAAGAGAUGGGACUGUAGUGGCUGUAAAAAGGCUGAAAGAUGGGAAUACAAGUGGAGGGGAAAUCCAAUUCCAGACUGAAGUUGAGAUGAUUAGCUUGGCAGUUCACCGGAAUCUUCUUAGGCUUUACGGGUUUUGUAUGACUGCUUCAGAAAGGCUCUUGGUUUACCCCUACAUGUCAAAUGGAAGUGUAGCUUCAUGUCUCAAAGCCAAACCAGCCUUAGAUUGGGGUAGAAGGAAAAUAAUUGCCUUGGGUGCUGCAAGGGGUUUGCUAUACCUACAUGAACAAUGUGACCCAAAGAUCAUUCACAGGGAUGUCAAGGCUGCAAAUAUAUUGCUUGAUGAUAACUGUGAAGCAGUGGUGGGAGAUUUCGGAUUGGCAAAGCUUUUGGAUCACCGUGAUUCCCAUGUUACCACAGCUGUUAGAGGAACCGUGGGGCAUAUUGCACCGGAGUAUCUCUCCACAGGCCAGUCAUCAGAGAAAACAGAUGUUUUCGGGUUUGGGAUUCUGUUGCUGGAAUUGAUCACUGGCCAAAGAGCUCUUGAGUUUGGGAAAUCAGCUAACCAGAAAGGAGCUAUGCUUGAUUGGGUGAAAAAAAUUCAUCAGGAGAAGAAACUUGAUACACUGGUUGACAAGGACAUGAAAAACAACUACGAUCGAAUCGAGCUGGAGGAAAUGGUACAAGUGGCUCUCAUAUGCACUCAGUUUCUUCCCAGCCAUAGGCCCAAGAUGUCCGAAGUGGUUCGAAUGCUCGAAGGGGAUGGACUCGCGGACAAAUGGGAAGCUUCACAGAGAGCGGAUGCAACUAGGUGCAGAGCAAAUGACUUCUCUUCUUCUGAGCGGUACUCUGAUCUUACCGACGACUCCUCGUUGCUUGUCCAAGCAAUGGAGCUCUCAGGACCCCGGUGAAUCGAAUCAGAGAGAGAGAGAGAGAGAGAGAGAGAGAGAGAGAGAGAGAGGCCAUAGAAGCAUGGAAAGGAAUUCAUCCAUGGUAAGACAUUGUGUUGAAAACUUGAAAUGAGUUUGUUGUAAAGUAAACAGUUUCUGUCUGUAUAACAGGGUACCAGACAUACUGACAUGGAGUGUAACAAGUAUUAUUUUUUUCCCCUUUUGGAUUGGUGAGUGAAGGGUUUUUCUGAUUCUUGAGCUUGUAAGAAUAAUUUUCUCAGAAAGAGAGAACCAAUAUGAGUUUAAGCAUUAACUUGUUCUCUAUAGAAAA